AUGAGAUUUCUAUUCUAUAUUUUCUCACUCUUUCUUUCUUUCUUUCUUUCUUUCUUUCUUUCUUUCUUUCUCAUCAUUAAUUUUUCUUUCAUUAUCGUUGUUACACUUAAGUUUACCCGUUCUUUCAUUUCUUACUUCUUUCUUUCUUUUUCCUUUAUUAUUAUUCUUUAUCUUACGGUUACCCGUUUUUCUUUCCUUCUUUCUUUCUUUCUAACCAUUAAUUUUCUUUCUUUCUUUCUUUCUUUCUUUCUUUCUUUCUUUCUUUCUUUCUUUCUUUCUUUUGGUAACAGGCCAGGCCAUUUUCCGACUAUAUUGAUUAUGUCUUUCAUUGUCUUAAUUCUUUCGUUUAUUUAUUUAUUUAUUUGUUUGUCUAUUUAUAUGUUUGUUUGUUUAUUUAUUUAUUUAUUUUCCCGACAUUCAUUUAUUCGUUCUUUCUUUCUCCCCAUUAAUUAUAUUCUUUUCGUUCUCUACAAUCAUUUUUGCUGCUUUCUUUUCUUGAAAUUCAUUUUAUUUAUUUAUUUUUUUUAUUUCUCAUCAUUUAUUUCCUUUCUUUCGUUCUCACCGUUUAUUCUCUUACUUUUUCUUUCUUUUUCUUUCUUUCUUACAUAUUCUUUCUUUCGUUCUACCUAUUCAUUUUCUUUCAUUCUUUCUUUCUCUACAUUCAUUUUCUUUCUUUCUUACUCUAUUUUCUUUAUUUCGUUCUUCUAUCUAUCUAUCUAUCUAUCUAUCUAUCUAUCUAUCUAUCUAUCUAUCUAUCUUUCUUUCUUUCUUUCUUUUGAUAACAGGGCAGGCAAUUUUCCGACUAUACCGAUUAUGUCUUUCACUGUCUUAAUUCUUUCGUUCCGCCUCUUCAUUUUCUUUCUUUCUUUCUUUCUUUCUUUCUUUCUUUCUUUCUUUCUUUCUUUCUUUUCUCUACAUUCAUUUUCUUUCAUUCUUUCUUUGUCUCCUUUCAUUUUCUUUCUUUCUUUCUUUCUUUCUUUCUUUCUUUCUUUCUUUCUUUCUUCCCCUUGCUUUUAUUUCCUUUUCUAUCAACAGGCCAUAGAACAGGCCGAUUAUAUCAACUUUAUUUAUAUAUUGAUUUCUACUACUUAUGUGGUCGAUGGCUCUCCACUGACACCUGCUUUCAUUUGA